AUGGGAUCCAUUGAGGCGAGGUUGGUCCGCUGUCUCUUUCUGGUGUUUCUUGGGUGGCGACGGCUGUCAUAUGUGCCGAAUCUAACGUUAGAUAGUUCGCUCUUGUCAAAAACGACAUGUUUCGAUAAAUUGCAGACAAACGGCUGCAGUCGUUUGGUGUCUGACGUUAUACUUUCAGACGCUUUAACUGCCAUUCGAAAGCUUUCAAUGGAGGCGUCUGGCAAGCCUUCUUCGCCUGGGCCACGGACAUCUAUGGCCAGCCUGAGGAUAUGGGUCGUCGCCACAGGGCUGAAUCGCGACUUUCCAGUCCGGGUCAUUGGAAAACUGGGAUUCGACUGUAACGCCACCAUCCAGUGCAAACGUCCAUUUCAGGGGUUGCUUCCUAAGACCCUGCUCAGCAGGGAUCGAAACGCUUUCCAUUUAUUUCUGCUUUUGACGCCUUGUCAGGUGUCGAAUAGUCCUCGGUCCGGGGACCAGAAAGGGCAGUGUUCGGACCUGAGUAAUUGGAAGAUGAAUUUCAAUUCACCAAAAGACUGCAUGGAAGAAAGGGUUGGUCACAUGACCUUCUGUUCCUUAACGCAACGUCUCGACGCCGAUUCGACGUUCAAAACUUUGCGUAUAACGAUGAACAGCAAAAUUGUAUUCUCAGCCUCCAGUUUAUGCAAAGCGCCAAUCGAGCGAAGUCAUCGUGUUUUGGGGGGCAAAGGAGUAGAAGUUGCCCAUGAGUCUUCGGGUCGAAGCCAACAUCCCCAGAUCCGCCCCGGAAACUUCUGCCAAAGGGCGAAAGGUCCAUCCCCUGCCCAUUUCUAUAUCAGCUUCUGGAAGUUCUGGUCGGCUGGCUGCGUGGGACAUCCCCGACACGGCGACACCGUCUUAAAACCAUCCAGCGUGGAAGACUCAAAAGUACUUGACUCGUCCAGGUCAAAUAAAAUUGUGAUUGAAGGCGCUCGCAUGAAGAGUUCAAAACGUGACCGCGAUGGCGCUGCGGAUUUGUCUACCGAGGGGAAGACGCCCAAGAAGAAGAAGAAGAAAAAGAAGACUAGGGUUAGUUUUCACCAUUCCCUGUCGAAAGCUUUUGCUACAUACACCAAGGACAACGCUACGACGUGA